GACGUCAUCAGAGCGCGUCACUGGCGGCUGAACAGCAGCAUGAGGCGGUGGUGGAGGACCGGAACGACCUUGUUGGUCGGAGCGGGACUCGGAGCUUCAGUGACCCGCCUGCUGAGUGUCAGAGGCCGGCAGGAGGAGGAGGACGGAGCCGGGACUCUGCCGGAGCUUCUGAGGAGAGUCCCGGUGAUCCCGGUACCGACGGUCCAGGCCUCCGAACUGACGGUGAGUCCAGGUGGGUCGGGGGCAGUGAUGAAGUACGGCUUCCCCUCAUUGGCCAACAUCAAGACCAGAGAAUCCUAUGUCACCUCGUAUGACACCCGCACACGCACUGCAUCCUCGGUAAUACAGAGUCUAAGCCACGCCUCCCUGAGCGUCCCAACAAACACUAAGUACUGAUAGUUCAAAGAGGACGACAGCGUGCACGUGUUCCACAGAGCAACCAACGCCGACUACAGGGGGAGUGGCUUCGACAGAGGACACCUGGCAGCUGCAGCCAAUCACAAGUGGAGUCAGAAAGCCAUGGACGACACCUUCUACCUGAGCAACGUUGCACCGCAGAACCCUCACCUGAACCAGAACACCUGGAACAAUCUAGAGAAGUUGUGUCGCUCUCUGACCAAAUCCUACCUGAACGUGUACGUGUGCACGGGGCCGCUCUACCUGCCCAGGCAGGAGGCUGACGGGAAACUCUACGUUCGAUAUCAGGUGUUGGGACGAAACCAUGUCGCCGUGCCAACGCACUUCUUCAAGGUGGUGAUCCUGGAGCAGAUGGACGGCAGGGGGGUGGAGCUUCGGUCGUAUGUUUUACCCAACGAACCGGUGGAUGAGAAGGUUCCUCUGGAGCGUUUCCUGGUUCCCAUAGAAACCAUUGAACGAGCAUCAGGACUUCAGUUUGUCCCAAACAUCAUGAAGAGGACCAGCAGCCUGCAGGCCAUCACCGCCAGAUAGAUACAUUACCCACAAUGCACUGCACCUGUGAGUCUAAAUCACCACCAGUUAAACCUCGUCUACACCAAACCCUCUGGAGCCAGCAGUAAGCCUUCAGACAUGGUACCUAGACCCUGGGUGUGUUCAGACAGUCCUCUUAAAUGUGGGCGGGGUUGUUGUCACUCACUGCUCCGUCCAGCACUCGCUGUAUUUCCUCAUCAGCGGUGACACAGAUGGAAGUCUGCACCUGGUUUAUCGUCCACAGAACGAGGCUGCACGCCCACAUUUUCACAACAAAACAGAACAGGCUGCAGUGAGAGUCUCUCUCCAUGGGAUAUUUCAAAAUAGCAGCUUUGUGCAUUUAGUCCUUCUCAGGCAAGCUCAGGGGUUUAGUGUUGCUGUAGCCCACAGGAAGUGAGGAUUAGAAUAUAUGACCUUCACAUAAUCCGCUCCAAAUGAAUCUAUAUUUUUAAAGUCAUUACUAAAAGUGUGUGUCAUAUAAAAACUAAAGUGAUGGUCAAAGUUGUCACAGUGAAAUUUAAGGUGUGCUGAUGGAUUCACGUCAUCAACUCAUGCAUUGAGUAACAUUACAAGUUAACGCUCCACCUUAAAAGUUGCCGGCAGUCGGCCCAGUGAAUGAAGUGAUUUUUUUCUCUUUCAUUUUAUAGUUGUAGUUUACUGAUGUAUGAACAGAGGUUACAUAAAACCAGAGUGAGCGUCCUCUACUGACCAAUCAGACUGCAGGGUUUCUAGCUCCACCUUUUAGUACCAGAUCUGUGUGCUAGGUACCCCAACAGAGGGGGGACCAAACAUGGGGACGCUAAGGAACGCUUCUGUUGGUACCAUCCAUAACUUUUACUGUGGAGACAGAAACUAUGAACAGUAUUAACAUUAUUGAUUAUUCCUGAUGUGUCUUUACUCAGAGAGCCGACGUGUUUCCUGCAAGACGCCUGCUGGACAGCAUCAUCAUGUGACUGUGUGACAUCAUCAUGUUUGUAUAUUAUUAUAUUUGAUAUUUCAGAGAUAAUUGUGAUUAAAGAUGAUCAAUAAAUAAUAAUCAGCUGUCAUUGAUUGCUGUUCAUCUUUAAGUGCUUCUGUAGAUAAAAACUCAACCUGUUUUCACUUUAAGGAUUUUAAUUCAUUCAUUCAUUCAUUCAUUCAUUCAUCAAUCACAUUUGGGCCUUAAAUCUCACUUUCCCCUUAAACUCUGCAGAUAAUCCAUUAACCCCACAGUUCACCUUC